AGACUCCGCCCAACAGUGCCGCCGGCCCCCACCCGGCGAUGCCUCCUUAAAGGGAGCCGGCAGAGCGCAGACGCGCGGUGACGUCACGGGAGGCGUUGGGCUUGGGCGAAACCUUUUUGAAUCUAUCUGGCGGGAGUUGCUGCUGCAGUGCGAGCUGUACAGCCAUGGAGUCCGCCUCGGGAAGUGAGGAGAAUGAAGGAGGUGCGGCGAUAGAGGAGUGCGUGAGUAGGAUCCCGGUACCAAGACCACCCUCCAUUGAGGAGUUCACCAUAGUGAAGCCCAUUAGCCGUGGUGCAUUCGGGAAAGUGUACCUGGGACAGAAAGGCGGCAAGUUGUACGCAGUGAAGGUUGUCAAAAAGGCAGAUAUGAUCAAUAAAAAUAUGACUCAUCAGGUACAAGCUGAGAGAGAUGCCCUGGCACUAAGCAAAAGCCCUUUUGUUGUGCAUCUGUAUUACUCACUGCAGUCAGCAAGCAACAUCUACUUGAUAAUGGAAUAUCUUAUUGGUGGAGAUGUCAAGUCUCUCCUACAUAUAUAUGGUUAUUUUGAUGAAGAGAUGGCUAUAAAAUAUAUUUCUGAAGUAGCAUUGGCUUUAGACUACCUGCACAGACAUGGAAUCAUCCAUAGGGAUUUGAAACCAGACAAUAUGCUUAUUUCCAAUGAGGGUCAUAUUAAACUGACAGAUUUUGGCCUUUCCAAAGUUACUUUGAAUAGAGACAUCAAUAUGAUGGAUAUUCUCACAACACCAUCAAUGUCUAAACCUAAGCAAGAUUAUUCAAGAACUCCAGGACAAGUCUUAUCUCUCAUCAGUUCUUUGGGAUUUUUCACACCAGUUGGAGAAAAAGAUCAAGACUCUACAAACAUGUUUUCAGCUCCUAAGUCUGAAGCACAACUUUCUCGAGGAUUAAUUUGUCCUAUGUCUGUAGAUCAGAAGGAGCCGAAUUCUUAUUCUAGCAGACUGCUAAAAUCAUGUUUUGAAACCCUUUCAUCCAAUCCAGAAAUACCUGUGAAAUGUCUGACUUCUAAUCUACUCCAGAGUAGGAAAAGACUGGGUACCUCAAGUACUAGUAGCCAGUCUCAUACCUUCAUAUCCAGUGUGGAGUCAGAAUGCCACAGCAGUCCCAAAUGGGAAAGAGACGGCCAGAAUACCCAAUCAUCAGGCCGUGCAGUGAGCUGGGAUGCAGUUGAAAUGUUGUAUGCAAAAUCUACAAGUGCCAUCGAGACAAAAACAGAGCUGGAAUUAGCACUUUCUCCCAUUCAUGACAGCAGUGCCAUUCCCGCUGCUGGAAGCAACCAGGUGACCCUCCCUAGAAAAUGCUUCAGGGAAAUCUCUUGGGAAGCAAGGGACCCAGAUAUAAAUAAUGAGAACAUGACCAUUGACGAGGGACAGUCUGGUUUCUGUAAGUCCAGUCAGUGGUGUGUAAAUUCUAGUGCUACAUCUGAAGAACACCUUGGUAAAAGAAAUUGUAAAAGAAAUUUCCACUUGGUUGACUCCAGUCCUUGUCAGGAAAUUAUACAAAGUAAAAAAAACUGUACAGAGUAUGAGGCCAAUAAGGAAAGGCCAGGUACAGGCUUGACAGCUGAAGUCCAGAACCUGAAGCUAUCAGGGUGUGAAAGUCAGCAACUUGACUAUGCCAUUGUCACCUAUUUAACUGACAGACAAACCCCAGAAAAACUGCAUAUACCAACGAUAGCAAAGAACCUUAUGUCUGAACUAGAUGAAGACUGCGAGCUGACCAGUAAAAAGGACUGCCUCAAUUCUAAUUCUGUAUAUUCUGAUGAGGAUAGAGCUCCUAAAACUAUCUGUGUGGAUUCUGAUUCAUCUUUUCCUGGAAUGUCUAUGAUGGAAAGUUCACUGGAAAUUCAGGCCUUAGAGCCAGAUAAAAGCAUCAGAGACUACUCUUUUGAAGAACCAAAUACUGAAGAUCUAUUUAUGUUACCAAAAUGCCAAGAAAAUUCCUUGCCAAAAGAUGACUGCCAUGCUUCUAUCCAAGACAGUAACCAAAUGUUAGCUCAUCCUUCAAAGGUGCCCAAAACAUUAACCUCUAAAAUCAAUGUUGUGGCUUUUCGAAGUUUUAACAGUCAUAUUAAUGCAUCUAAUAAUUCAGAACCAUCCAAAAUAAGCAUAACUUCUUUAGAUGCUAUGGACAUUUCCUGUGAUUACAGUGGUUCAUAUCCCAUGGCUGUGACCCCUACUGAGAAAGGAAUGGACUAUACUUCAUAUCAGACUCCAAAUCAGGUCAAGUUGGGAACAUCAUACAGAACUCCAAAGAGUGUGAGAAGAGGGGCACCCCCAGUAGAUGAUGGACGAAUUCUAGGAACUCCAGAUUACCUGGCACCUGAGCUCUUACUGGGUACAGCCCAUGGUCCUGCAGUAGACUGGUGGGCACUUGGUGUUUGCUUGUUUGAAUUUCUGACAGGAAUUCCCCCUUUCAAUGAUGAAACACCACAACAAGUAUUCCAGAAUAUUUUAAAAAGAGAUAUCCCGUGGCCAGAAGGCGAAGAAAGGCUAUCUGAUAAUGCUCAAAGUGCAAUGGACAUGCUUUUAACCAUUGAUGAUUCAAAGAGAGCUGGGAUGAGAGAACUAAAACAGCAUCCUCUCUUCGGUGAAGUGGACUGGGAGAAUCUGCAGCAUCAGACUAUGCCUUUCGUACCCCAACCAGAUGACGAAACAGAUACCUCCUAUUUUGAAGCCAGAAAUAAUGCUCAACAUCUGACCAUAUCUGGGUUUAGUCUGUAGCACAUGCAUGUCAUUUUUAUCUAACUUGUGAUAUAGAAUGAAGUUUUACAAUAAUAUGCUACUUAAUACUAGAUUGGUCUAAAUGGGAUAAAAGUCAUUAUUUUACCUAGACCGAACAGCUUUUAAUUACUAAGUACAACAGCUUUUACAGAAUUAAAACACUAUAAGAAAUAUAAUCAGUAAUUAAUCUUUACCUUAGAACUAUAUAUAAUCCAUAAUAGCUUUUUACAUCUUAUUCAAUGCACUUUAUGAAGAGUAAAGUAACAAUAAACUAAAACACUACCACUCUAAAUAGAGGGAAUGAGCCAUAAGCUU